UCAGAGACAGGAUCCUGGCAAGUUGUGAACAAUGCAACUCCAGAAAUUGUUGUUAGUGAAGAAAAGGCAGUGGCCGGCAGUACAGAUUAUCAGGGAAGACCUAACGCGAAAGGAAAGAAAUCUAUUGAACCCAAUAAUGCAAAAGCUUCUGUAACUACUUCUUCCCGUCAUCAGUCUACCGGGUCCAACACACCGGACCACCCGGGCACAUCUCAUGGUAGUCAUGACAGCCAACCAAAGGAGUCGGUUCCCAAACAUUCCAUCUCAAACCAGCCAAUAGAUGCUAACGUGGUUGUGAAAGUGACCAAUGCCAGUGAUGAUGAGGGCAGUGACCACGACAGAGUCUCUAGGAACAGCGUUUACAGCAACAGUUCCGUAGGGAGCAGCCCAAGAGAACUGCAGCAGCCCAGCGUCAACUUUAAAUAUGUGAAAGCUGAAGACGCCAUCCCAGGGACCGCCUUUAUCGACACCAUAGGCUUCAGUGACACGGCCCUCGAGGAGAUCAACCAAUCUAUGCAACCAUUCAAAGACAUCCACAGUCAAAGCCUACGUGAUCGUUCUGCCCUGACAACCAGUGAAAUAAUUUUAAAUGUUCCACAUAACUCUGUGAGUGUUGGCUUUGAGACUUUACUAGACAAAGAAAUUAUUUGCUGUGCUGAAGCUCCUGACAUUCCACCCAGUGCCAAGACAAACUAUGCAGAUUCACCUUCCCCAAAAGGGAACGUUCGUUCUCAUUCAUCUUCCCCAAAAAGAAACAGAAGCGCGUCUGCAUCUCCUCGGGGCAAAAGAAGGGACACAAGCGAAGAUAGGAAGUCGUCAAGUGCCAGCACUGGAGUUAAGGCGUCACAUUUGUGGAAAAGAAGAUCAAAGAAUAAAAGUUUGGAGCUCAUUAUUCCCAGCAAAAAUGGCGUGACCAAAAGUUCUGAAGGAGGCGGGCAUGUGAUCAAUGAGAAUGGAAUUCAGAGGUCAGAAGAAGUCAGGUCAGAAAAAUUCCGCGUGAAAGAUUCCAAAUCAAUGGGUCGUCCGAAGAGAGAUAAAAAUAAACUAGGUGCCGCAGACAAUGCCAAGCCACGGGCCAGCAGUGACUCGUCCGGCACCGGGGAGCUCAUGCUAAGUGAAAGGCUGUCCCUGCCGGUUGGGGCAACAGCCAGAUCUAAGGAAACACCAGUGAUGGCGGAAACCCCUUCGAGGGCUUUCAGUUUCUCUAGCACCGUGGGUGCCAUGAGCGCUCUACGUAAAAUGAUGCAUCGAAAGGAGCAGAACAACAACGAUGGUAACGACAAUGUUUCAGUCCCAUCCAAAGAAGAGCAGGGAAAUGCUGCCAGGCGGCGCUGGAGGAUGAUCCUGAAUGUGACCAAGUUCGAGUCCAUGGUGCGCACACCACAGGUUCCUGAGAGGGUUGAUGAAAGUCUUUUCUACAACCAAAACAUCAAACAUCCUUCAACCAGGAGCCGGUUGGUCAGUACUUUGAAUGUUGUUUAAUACCCUCAGAAAAGUAAAUGGAUAAUCUUAUCUUUGUACAUUUUUAUUACUUACCGAGACUUCUUAGUUUGUCUUAGCUGCUGUUUUGCUCUGUAUUAGACUCGCUGACUUACCUUAGAAUCAAUAGGGCGCAACAAACCGCUGGACAUGUUUGUCCCACAAAUAAAACUGUAGUGUUACAGAAACUACUCUAUUUCAGAGAUGCCAAGAAACUUUUUAAAAAAAUGUUAGAUAUCUGUAACUAAUUAAGUUAUGUAACAUAAUACAUACAGCAACAAAGUCUACGUCUGUUUGCUCAGGAGGAAAGCCAAAAACUAAAAGUUUAAUUGUCAACAUGUGUGCAAUAACACUUGGUGCAAUUUUUAGUUUCUAUGGUUACCUAAUAUUUUAAUAAACAAUGGCAGGAGCAAUGAGUGAACUACCCAAUCAUCUAACGUUACUUGACAAAACAUGCAUUCAAGUGAUGCCAUCAGAACCCCAUAUUUAGUGCUUCCCACCCUACCCCAAAACUGGAUAAGCAAAGGCAAAUUUUAUUCACGUCCCUGAACUAUAUUUAAAAAACUUAUGUCCCACCCCUUUUUAAGCUGCAAAUUUAUGACAUCAUUUAAAUGGAGACUAUUUCCAUAAAACAAAAGAAAAAAUGAUGCACCAAAUAGACUUGUGAUAUUUUAAAAACUCUCAUCUGCAGAUAUCACGAUUUUUUUUUUUUCGAGGGCUAUUCAACUCACCUUAAAAUUGUUUAAAAACAAACAAUUUUGUCUAAAUCUAAAUUUCCUGGCCAUAACAUCUGAUGUUGAUAUCAACUUCAUUUCUCUGUCUUGUUAGGUUUUUUUUUCUUUAUAGACACCUCACAAAACAAGAGCCACCUGAGAAGUUAAAUAAGUUGAACUGUAAAGAUUCUAUUUUGUCUUCUAUCACAAUCUUGAGGGUGAAGUAACACAAGCUGAAAUGUAAAGGUUCUAUUUUGUCUUCCAUCACAACUUGAAGGUGAAGUCAUAAGCUGAAAUGUAAAGGUUCUAUUUUGUCCUCCAUCACAAUCUUGAAGGUGAAGUCCUUUAAGGAAGGAGUGGACAAAUUGAAAAGACAAGGCAGGAGGGACAGUGGAGAUGAGGAGACUUUGAAGGCUGACAGAAAUCAUUACCUACAAGUCCCGAUUCCAUCACAAUCUUGAAGGUGAAGUCCUUUAAGGAAGGAGUGGACAAAUUGAAAAGACAAGGCAGGAGGGACAGUGGAGAUGAGGAGACUUUGAAGGCUGACAGAAAUCAUUACCUACAAGUCCCGAAUGCCAUGCACCACACAGAGAGUGAAGAGAACAUUCUGGAGAGAGGCCUGCUGGGAUCAACCAAGCUCUGGAUUGGAAAAGAUUAUGUGAAUUUUAUAUACAAAGACUUUGUCAGCCUGGAUCAACCUUUUGAAGGUACAGCCUCCAAUGCUCUGUGGUCUUGUCCUUAUUGUUCAAAACUGCAUUAUUUCCAGCAUUGAAAAUAAAUUAAUUAAAAGUAAACUAGCUUAUUCAGAAUAAUGGAAAAAUGUCCUUAAAAAAAAUAUUUGGUUAAUAGAAAUGUUUCUUAGCCAUUAAUAAAGGAGAGAAAAGAGGUAAUUUAAAGAUGUUUACUGUAACACCAUGUGAAGAAAAAUUGCUGUUUAUUUUCUGCAGACUUUAUUGACCGCACCAAGUUUACCAGGAUGCCCUGGCACGACAUAGGCUGCGUUUUGUAUGGGAAGUCUGCACGAGAUCUGGCCAGACAUUUCAUUGGUCGAUGGAAUUUUACAAAGGUAGAAAACUGGCGAUAAAAUGUUCUGUCUUCCCUUUGAUUGCAAGGUGAUCAAAGUAUCAUAUUGCCAACUGGAAUGUUUCUUGUAUCAGAAAUGUGUUUAUGAGACACACUCAUUUCACUGGUUUCAUUUUCCCCUACUUUGGUAAUGCCAAUUUUUUUAAGUUCUUUUUUUUUUUACAAAAACAAUUCACAUUUUAAAAUAAAUUAUUUAUAUUUAUAUUAUUUUAAUAUAAAUGGAAAAAAAAAAUUUUGUGCUCAUUUUAUUAUCUCAAAGUCUUCCCCAGUGUUUCCUAAAGGAACAGUUUGGUGGGGGUAUGGGCUGCACAGGAACAAAAAUAUAUUAUUUUAUUGCUAUUAAGUUUAUGCAAUUUUUUUUUACGCGAGGUACUCAGUAUUACUAAAAGUAUUGUCUGGGGUACACAGUUGUCAAAAGUUUGGGAAACACUGGGCUACCCCAAGGCUGAAUAAGAAAAUUGUGCCCAGUGUUUAAUUUUUUAUGAUUUACUCUGUAAGAGAAGCAUCCAUUUAUUUUUUGGUAACUGCGGAGAGCUACAAGUGUUUAAUGGGUAUAUCAACAAAUGAACACUCAGGGCUAAUUUGUUUUUUUUCCCCAUCCUGUCAUGUUAUUGAUGUUGACACCUUUCCUAUCACAGUCGUGUUAUUGAUAUUGACACCUAUCCUAUCAGUCAUGUUAUUGAUGUUGACACCUAUCCUAUCACAGUCAUGUUAUUGAUGUUGACACUUUUCCUAUCAUGGUCAUGUUAUUGAUGUUGACACCUAUUCUAUCACAGUCAUGUUAUUGAUGUGGACACUUUUCCUAUCACAGUCAUGUUAUUGAUGUUGACACCUAUCCUAUCACAGUCAUGUUAUUGAUGUGGACACUUUUCCUAUCACAGUCAUGUUAUUGAUGUUGACACCUUUCCUAUCAGUCAUGUUAUUGAUGUUGACACCUAUCCUAUGGCAGUCAUGUUAUUGAUGUUGACACCUAUCCUAUCACAGUCAUGUUCUUGAUGUUGACACCUAUCCUAUCACAGUCAUGUUAUUGAUGUUGACACUAUUCCUAUCACAGUCAUGUUAUUGAUGUUGACACCUAUCCUAUCACAGUCAUGUUAUUGAUGUUGACACCUAUCCUAUCACUGUCAUGUUAUUGAUGUUGACACCUUUCCUAUCACAGUCAUGUUCUUGAUGUUGACACCUAUCCUAUCACAGUCAUGUUAUUGAUGUUGACACUAUUCCUAUCACUGUCAUGUUAUUGAUGUUGACACCUAUCCUAUCACAGUCAUGUUAUUGAUGUUGACACCUAUCCUAUCACAGUCAUGUUAUUGAUGUUGACACCUAUCCUAUCACGGUCAUGUUCUUGAUGUUGACACCUAUCCUAUCACAGUCAUGUUAUUGAUGUUGACACCUAUCCUAUCACUUUUCCUAAAACAGCUGGAAAAAUUUAAAAGAAAUGCCAACUUUCCUCUACUCAUCCCAAAGACUACAGCUAAAUAUUCCAUACCGACAUCCAUCAAAGACAUCACAUUCGAAGUGAAGGCUCAGGUAAAGCUCUUGUUUCUAAUUGCUCAAAUACAUUCUAAAUUCUCUUUGUGGAUCUUGAGAUAUUUUUAAAUUUUUAAAACUUCCUUAAUGUUUUCUCAAUGUGUCCACAGUCCAAGAUGAGAGCUGUUGAAAUAAUCACCUUUGUAUUACAGUAUGUUUUCUCUCAUUCCCACAUUUUCACCACAGGUAUUGCGUAGCAGCUGUGGGUGGUCAGCGGGUAUUGGACAACCGGAGAGUUCUAUCCAUGAGGCUUAUGAGCACUGCAUAGAGAAUGCCAGGGAAUUUAUUUACAUAGAGGUAUGGAUCUGUUCAAGUCACGCUCCCAACGUUGAAAGCAUGCCUUAGGACAGUGGAGCCCCACCCUGUAGCCCAUUUCUGUGUUUCUUAUGUAAGCCACAAAAAAAAAGUUUUCCAGCCACCCGAGGGCUGCAAAUGACAACAUCUCAAAAGAAAAUUAUUCCCAUUAUUAAUACUUCUUACCUUGUGCAUAAAGAGCCAUAUUAUAUAUCCAAUAGCAUUAUCGGCUCAUCAAGAAUAUAACUAAAGCUAAUAAAAACUUCAGCCCUUUUUAAUUUUUAAUGAUAUAUUUUGCUCUGAAUUGUAAGAGCUAUUGUCUUAUUUGAGAUAAUCAGUAACACCUGCCCUCAUCAGAUUUUCUUAAUGUUCACUCGUGAAAUUGUUACAUUUUGUGGACUUGAUGAUGGUCAUUACUUAGAAUCCAGCUUCACUGACGAAGUUACUUCCAAAAACAUGCUCAAAAUUGUGUUACAUUUCCCUAGUUGUGUAGAUUCAUCAGAAGAAACAUAUGUUAUUCAUCAGAAGAAACAUACAUUAUUCAUCAGAAGAAACAUGUUAUUCAUCAGAAGAAACAUACGUCAUUCAGAAUUUCUUUGGCCAUGCAUAUGUUUGUUUAAAUUUUAAAAAAAAAUGAUUUCAAUAUUCUUCCUACUGUCUCAAACAAUUCCUCCCUGACUGAAUCGCACCAACUGAAAACAAUCACAGUGUGCACCCUGCUUUCUACUCAUUGAACAUCUCAUAUUCUGACCAGGUUCUUGCCCCCCAACAUCAUAAUACAUGAUGGAGACACACUCUCCCAUACCUGGCUAGACUACCAGUUCAAUAACAUGGUGCCAUAAAUGGUUCACACUGCCCACUGUGGUCAUUCUGUUGUGACACCUUUAGUACAUCAGCUUGAUUACUCCGACCCCAAGAUUUUCCCUGGCAAUAAUUAACUUUGUAUGCUCACCUAUUUCCCCUAACUUGGCCCCAUUGGUGGGGGCGUUGGUGAGGGUGUUGGUGGGGGCGUUGGUGGGGGUGUGGAUAUUUUUACAAUAACAAAGUAGCUACACAGCAAGCUACUUUUGGUUUCUCUAUUCAUCUUCCCCAAAUUUGUUAGUAAACAUACCUGAUACCCUGAAACACCUCCACUGUGCAACAGAAAGCAGGAGAAGAUAUCCAAUUUUUUUUAGCUUUUGUGGCCACCCUUUUUCUAUGUUACAACUGACUUCUCCUGUGAUUUCCCAACAAUAUUAAAUCAAUGAAUGUGGUUUGAAAAUAAUAUGUUUAUCCUAAAAUGUUUUAUUUUUUUACAUGCAUCGCAAAAAUUUCUCAAGCUGUAGUGGGCCAGCGUUUAAAAAGGAGCUGACACAUAACUUAUUCAAAAUUUAUUAAAAAGAAACUUAAUUGCAGCAAUUCAUUUAAUUUCUCUAUAAAUAUACAUUCAUUAAUGAAAGUUGUUAUAGAGUUUAUAAUCUAAUGGAAUUUUUUAAUAUGUACAUGGUUUCUAUUCUUUGAACUUCAGAUUUAUACUAUUAUAAAUAUAUUAAUUUCUUAUAAAGAAAUUUCUAACUUUUAAUAGUAUGAAAAAGAAAUUUAUUUUUUUUUAAAUUUAACGAUUUAUCUCAUCUUUGCUUUAUUUUUCUUUCCUCCGCAGAAUCAGUUUUUCAUCACACAAGUUGGAAACAACAGUGUAGUCAACAACUGCAUAGGCACCGCUCUCUACAAGCGGAUACUUCGAGCUCAUAGGUAUACUUUCUUUAAACCUCUAAUAAAACAACUACACACAAUUAUAGUUAUACUUUCUUUAAACCUUUAUUGAAUCAACUUCGUACAAUCAUAGGUAUACUUUCUUUAAACCUCUAUUGAAGCAACUUCGAACAGUCAAAGCUAUACUUUUUUUAAACCCCAAUUCAAACAACUUCAUACAAUGAUUCUUAUUCUGAACUGCAGAGCCUUUAAAAAUGUAUAAUAUAAGGUUAAUACAUCAAAAUUGUGUUGGAGGUUAAUACAUCAAAAUUGUGUUGGAGGUUAAGACAUCAAAAUUGUGUUGGAGGUUAAUACAUCAAAAUCGUGUUGGAGAUUGUGGACAGGGUACUUAAUCAAGAUCAAUAUUAAAAUAUUGAAUGUUAAAGGACGGCACAAGAUUUAAAUGUUUAUAUUUUUUCUCCAAUGUUUGAUCUGGAUUCAGAGGAUAUUUUGUACACUUGCUCCAGCCUUAAAGAUUACACACCACCUUGCCAGCCAAACCUUGUCAGGAAACCUUAGAGAAUAUCUCUUGUUAAAUCUUACUUGAAGCGAUUUCAAAAAAGAAAGUGUUAAAUUGUCUUUGUGUUGCCACAUCCGUCUAAAACUGUUUUGUUUGCAAAUGAUUCCUUUUGAAAGGUGUGCAAAAUAAACCAAAAAAUUAUUGUUCAGAAUCUGCCUACGUGUGUAUUUGCUCUUUAAAGUCAUCUCUACAAGUUGCUAAUGAUUUAACAUUGGUCUUUUGCAGAAAUUAGAAUGACUAUUUUUUUUAGCUUUAACACUCACUACAUUUCACUUGGACAAACACUUUUUUUUUUUUUAAAUUGCGUCUCUCUUGCAAUUAAUAAAUAUUAACAUAAUUUUAAAAGAAAUUUGUUAAUGAUUUAACAUUGGUCUUUUGCAGAAAUUAGAAUGACUAUUUUUUUUAGCUUUAACACUCACUACAUUUCACUUGGACAAACACUUUUUUUUUUUUUUAAAUUGCGUCUCUCUUGCAAUUAAUAAAUAUUAACAUAAUUUUAAAAGAAACUAGUCUCCGUUAAUUGUUUCCCCAUAGUAGAUGCAUGUCACUAUGUAUUGUCAUUUUAAUGCAAAAGUCCAUGCUGCUGUUUACUCCUGUCUAAUGUCACAAUGACCCUGGUUUCAGGAGCAGCAGUAACUUCAAGGUGUAUGUUGUGAUGCCCCUGCUCCCUGCGUUCGAGGGGGAGUUUGGCACCAGCACGGGUGUGGCUCUGCAGGCGGUCACACACUGGAACUACUCCUCCAUCUGCAGGGGGGGCAACUCCCUCAUGGAGAGGCUGGCCAAAGAGAUUCCAGACCCCAACAAAUACAUUGUGUUCUGUGGACUGAGGAGUUGGGACAAGCUUGAUGAUAAGUUGGUGAGGGUCAUUACAGCCUGCAUGAGACUGAAGUUUUGAUUAUUUUUACUUACACUUGACUUGUGUAGUCAGUUGUGUUAAGUAUUAUGUUUAUUUACACUUAGAUAGUCAGAUUAUGAUGUUUAUUUACACUUAUGUAGUCAGUUGUGUCAAGUAUUAUGAUGUUUAUUCAUACUUAUGUUGUUUGUUGUAAAGUCUAAUGUUUCAAUAUUUAUUUUUAAAUCUUGGUAAUACAAAAAACAGGAAAUGUUUGUCAUAAUGAAAUACCGAAACCUACCAAAAAUGUGUUGUGGUUAAAAAAAAAAUAAUGUUUGGUUUUCAUUUAAUGACCAUUUCAUUGUGUACCUACCAGAUGACUGAGUUAAUCUACGUACACAGCAAGCUGAUGAUAGUUGACGAUGACACUGUCAUAAUUGGCUCUGCCAACAUCAAUGACAGGAGCCUGCUUGGCACGAGAGACAGUGAGAUUGCUGUGAUGUUUGAAGACAUCCACAAAGUUGACGUCACCGUCAAAGGCAAGCGGUACAAGGCAGGAAAAUUUGCCUCGUCCCUGAGAUGGACUAUAUUCCGGUAUUUGACCACAUCUUUUUAAGUGUCUUCUGGGUUUUUUUUAAUAGAUUUUCUUUCAUUUUCUACCAGACUCAUUAAAAUUAUAACAGAUGAUCCCAACAGUAUCAGAUUGUCUGAAACAUAAUUUAAUUUUUUUGUAAAUCCAAAAAGUAAUCAAAAUUGCCAAGCUAGACAAUUCACAAGAGUUGUAUGACUUUAUUCACCAGGUCUCCAUUUGUUCUUUGAUGAAUGCAUGUCUUUCUGCAUUUUCUAAUUUGUUUGAUUUUGUAAUAAGCUUUAUCCCGCAUUUUUUAUUUUUAAAAAUUGUUUUUUUUUUACUACAUUGCUCUAUUCAGAGAAGAUUAACUUCUGUCUCUUGAUUUUAUCGUUUACCUCCCUUUUUUCAGUGAACAUCUUGGCAUUCACAAUGAGCCAGACUUUGUUGACCUCACAGACAUCUCCAGUGACAGUUUCUACAAAGAAGUUUGGAUAAAGAGAGCUGCUGUCAAUACUAAAUGUUUUGAUGAGGUACUCAUUUUAUUCAGCUUUGUAUUUGUAUUUCAUUUCUAUGCUUUG